CAUUAAAAUUACUUCCAUUUGCUACAACUCAAGAACGGCAAGAAACUGAAGCCCAAGUUCAUGCUGAAUUAUUGUCAUUUGAAAAUCAAAUGAAUAUUUCAAGUAGUGCUGAAAUCAAAAAAAGUAUAGUAACUAUUAGUGAAGAUCCUCAAGAUUCUCUAAGUACCGAAUUAUAG